AUGCCAAGCUACAAACUAACGUACUUCGACAUCACUGCUCUUGGCGAGCAGCUUCGGUACUUGCUGAGCUACGGCGGAGCCGAUUUCGAGGACUGUCGCAUCAGCCUGGAGGAAUGGCCCCAGUUGAAGUCAAAGAUGCCGAUGGAGCAGCUGCCGACCUUGGAGUUCGACGGCAAAGUGUACCACCAGGGCCGCGCGAUCGGCCGGUACCUCGCCAAAAAGUACAACCUCUACGGCGACGACGAGCUUCAAGCUCUCGAGAUAGACUACAACGUCGAUGACAUAGAGGAUUGGAGAGCUCUGUUCGCGAAAAUUUUCCACGAGACCGACCAGAGCCUCAUGGCCAAACAUAAAGCAGCCGUUUUUGAGAGAACACCCUUUUUUCUCGGCAAGUUCGAAGAGCGAGCGAAGAAGAACGGUGGAUACUUUGUCGGUGGCAAGCUGAGUUGGGCCGACCUACACUUUACCGGAAUCGCCGAGCUCAUCAACAACUUCACGCAGAGGAACAAUUUGGAGUCGUACCCGGCAUUGACGAAGCUCUACGGGACCGUCCGCUCCGAGCCCAAGAUCAAGGCUUACCUCGAGAAGCGGCCAAAGACCGCAUUAUAAUCUUUACAACAUCGUAGUUUUGUUUACAAUAACAUAAAAAUUUUCAUUCGUC